AUGUACAGAAACGUGGGCUGCCCUGGGCAAAGAGAGAGGGAAAGCCUCCGCAGGCAGCGUUUUCUCUCUGUAACCUCCGCAGGGGCGAGUAAAGGUGGAGACGAGCCCGGGAAGUUGCCGGAUCAGGAAGAAGAGGAGGAAUCCCAGGUUUUGCACGGAACCGGCCAUUGCAAAUGGUUCAAUGUGAGAAUGGGAUUCGGGUUCAUCUCCAUGAGCAACCGAGAGGGAAGCCCCUUGGAGUCUCCAGUUGAUGUCUUUGUACACCAAAGCAAGCUUUACAUGGAAGGAUUUAGAAGCCUAAAAGAAGGAGAACCAGUGGAAUUUACUUUUAAGAAAUCUUCCAAAGGCCUUGAAUCAAUACGGGUAACAGGCCCUGGUGGGAGCCCCUGUUUAGGAAGUGAAAGACGACCCAAAGGGAAGACAGUACAAAAAAGAAAACCAAAGGGAGAUAGAUGCUACAACUGUGGUGGCCUCGACCACCACGCUAAAGAAUGUAGUCUACCUCCGCAGCCAAAGAAGUGCCAUUACUGUCAGAGCAUCAUGCACAUGGUGGCUAACUGCCCCCAUAAAACUGUCUUGCUGCAGCCCACUAGUUCUCAGGGAAGACACGAAGCUGAACCGCAGCCUUCCACUUCUGCUUUCCCGAGAGAAGGGGGAGGAACGCACGGCUACUCGUCUCCAUCGUACUCUCAGGAGGGCAGGUUGGAGAUCUCGGAGCGCUCAGGCAGGUCACCACAGGAGGCUUUGUCGAGUAAGUUGUCUGCAUCUCCCGAAGAACCGAGCAGAAAGGGGCCUUCUGUUCAGAAAAGGAAAAAAACUUAA